UUUAAAUAUCAAGUAAAUAUUUUUCUCGGAGUUGUUUCGGGGAGUCUAAAACUGCUAAUAAAAUAUACCUAUUUUACUAAUAUUUUUCGACAUUCCUACUUAUGAUCAUUUUACGACAUUAUUUUGUAUUCAACGGGCAGACAAAAUAUCAGCGAGUACCUAAUAUCCAUUUAAUUAAGAAUUUAUUGCUUGCUUGCGAUACAACGAGGAAAUGCCGCCAGCAUCCUUGGAUUCCUUGGUACUAUGCCUCUGGCCUAUUGUAGAUUUAAGAUAUACAUACCUAUAUUAAUUUAAUUUACCUAUAGUAAGUAUUUGUAUUGUGUCACUGUAAUACCUUUGUAUACUUAUAUAUAUAUAUAUGUUAUAAAAUAAAUUUACGAAUUUGUAACACUGAGCAUUCCACUAUAUUUUUUUGCCUUAACACUCACAAUUUAAUGUGUACACAAAUAAAAUCACAUGAAUGACCGUCACGUGGUACGUUGUUAUCACCAACAAAUGUAUCUUGUUGACUUUUGACUUAGCGGCCUCGCGGCAAGCAAGGAUAGCAAAUACGAGCAGUACGAGUACGUACGAGUAUGCCGGCCGCACUCUGAAAAUAAAUUUACUUUAGAUUCUCACAUUGUUAUCAAUUGCAGACUUGUGCUCAGUAGUAGCAAGAUUAUCGUCGCGAAUAGUUGUUUAACAACAAUUACAAGGGUACCUAUACGAACGCGGGCACUAAUAGGGCUUCAUUCUGUUCUGGCACUUCGUGGUAUAGAUUAUGACUUGCUGAUUCUAAACUGUAAAUUGUAUAACUCUAAUAGGAAGUGAUCUGAUCAACACCAUGAUUAACAUGACCACAGAAAAUAAAACAUUCUCGCCAGGUGCAGACAAUCAGACUCAUCGAAAGUUAUAUGACAAGUGGUGGCAAAAAUUCUGCCUACGAUGUCAUCAAGAAGACCAAACGCCGUCGUGGGAACCGGCGUGGUGGGGAAGAGUUUUCCCAUUCCCAAUUUUCCCCACUUAUAGGCAAAGUGCACAGCAACUUUUAAUUAUUAUUUUCUUUCUCCUGGCAUGGGGUAUAUUAUACGCUGAAAUAUGCCAACCGGUAAGUCUAAACGGAGAAAUUUUCAGCAUGACACUGUUGGUCAUCGCGUCGUACGUAAUCGGGUGGUUAUGGCUGAAAAUUACCACAUUGCCGGCACUUAUAGGAAUGUUGCUGACCGGGAUCAUUUUUCAAAACGCCGGGCUUGUGCAUAUGACCGAUAAUUAUAGAAAACUUAAUCAGGAUUUGCGAAAAGUCGCUCUGGUUAUCAUACUAACGCGUGCUGGGCUCGGUUUGGAUGCUAAAGUCCUACGGAAGCAUUAUGCAGCAGUUCUUCAACUAGGGCUUUUACCUUGGCUAGUCGAAUGCUUAUGUAUCGCCAUUACUACACACUACCUUCUAUCAUUGCCAUGGAUUUGGGGUUUCCUUCUAGGAUCUAUGAUAGCGUCAGUGUCGCCUGCCGUUGUAGUUCCAUGUCUAUUCCGACUAAAGGAUGAAGGAUAUGGAGUCGCUAAAGGUAUACCAACAUUGCUGCUCGCAGCUGCUGCUAUCGACGACUCGGUCAGCGUAGCUGUAUUCUCCAUUAUACUUAAUGCCAUGUUUUCCACGGGCUCCGUGACUUGGAAUAUCAUAAAGGGCCCAUUAUCCAUCGUCGCUGGCGUAUUACUCGGUUCUUUGUGGGGUGCCAUGACUUCCGUUAUUCCGGAAAAAGACGACGUUUACGUGGUACCUUUAAGAUUUCUGGCCUUGUUUUUAGGCGGGUUAUUCUCAUUAUUCAUAUCAAAUCUAAUUGGAUGGAGCGGUUCAGGUCCACUAGCCAUCGUCUCUUCUGGAUUUAUCGCAGCUUAUUAUUGGGAAAAGCAAGGUUGGCCCGUUAACAAGAAUCCAGUAAGCAAUAUAUUCAGAAUAUUAUGGAUCUUCUUCGAGCCAAUACUCUUCGCGUUUACUGGAGCCCAAAUAACGAUAAGCGAUCUGGACCCACAAGUAGUAGCCAUGGGAGUGGUCUGCCUGGUUAUUUGUCUGGUACUGCGAAUAAUUUCCACACUUCUGGUCAGCUUUGGCUGUGGGUUGAACAUAAAGGAGAAACUAUUUAUUGGCUUAGCAUGGAUGGCUAAGGCUACUGUACAGGCAACACUUGGCCCUGCAGCACUAGACAUAAUAAAUAGCGGAAAUAGUUUUGGUGGUCCUGAGGAGUUAGUCUUUGCUACAGCACUUUUGACUGUCAGCGUCCUUAGCGUCGUCAUUUCAGCUCCCAUGGGAGCCAUCUUCAUCGCACUGACCGGGCCCAGGUUAUUGAGCAAAGAUGAAACAACAAGAUCUUCAGAUGAUAAAAACGGCCGUCAAACGGAGUUAUCGUCAAUACAUCUUUAAGAUGAUAUGUACUUAUAUACUUACUUUACUCUUUGCAUGUAGGUAGGUACUCGUACCUCUCAGAAUUCUCCAUCCCAUAAUUAACUAAAGCAACCUACUUAAAAACUCAAGACUUGGUGUUAAAAGAUCUGAAUUAGGUUAAGAAGUUCUAUUUUAGAAAUAUAUUUGUAAGCGGCUGAACUAAGUAAAUUACGUUUUAAAUAUUUUUCGAAGUAAAUCAUGUUUUUGAUGAUCUAUUAUUUAUUUCUUCUAGAAAUCGUGGAAUGUGGGGUACGCGGUAAAAUCUUGUUUCCUAAAUGAGUAAUGUAUAUAAAAUUAAAGAUUUAAGACGCAAAUCCCUGGCUGCAGGAAAACCUGUUAACCUUAAAUAUGCAAAAAACCAAUUACAUUUGCUUCACGAUGACUGCCGGUACACAGCCUGACACUUCGUUCAAGAUCAGGAUUCAUAACUGUAAUGACAAAAAUCAAUCAAAAUGCGCCUGCCCAGUCAUCAAGAAAGUUGAAUGUGUUAAAUAUUUAGGAGUAAUGAUUGACCAGAGAGAGAGACAUGGCAUAUGCAAACUGAACUGAUGAUAUCCCGAAUUCGGAAACUUAUAUGGCCAUUUAAGCAUUUAAGACACGUUGCCACAACUAAACUACUAAAACAAAUUUAUAUUUCCCUCGCACAAUCCGUCCUCUCCUACUGUAUCUCUGUCUGGGGUGGUGCCACUAAAACUCAAUUCCUGCAAUUGGAAAGAGCUCAGCGAGCUUUACGCUUUAGUCAUGUUUUUCAAGCCCUUUAGAUUUCCCACCAGUGACUUAUAUGAGUUAUGUGGCCUAUUAUCGGUCAGAAAAUUAUAUAUCCUAAAUGUUAUUUUACGAAGACAUAAAGACACUUGUUUUUCUCCUGAGUCUACAAACUUGAGGAGAAAGAAAGUCAACGUAAUUCCUCUACUAACAACAAAGACCGCUUUUGCAAAAAGGCAAUAGGUAUCUUACACAAUCAGCAAGAUUAUACAAUAGUACUAAUAAAGUCAUUCACAUUUAUCCCACGACCUACAGAGAAUGUAAAAAGAAAAUUCUAGACUGGAUCAAAACAAAAACCUAUAUUGAAAUAGAAAACUUCCUCGUAAAUUGAAUCUCCUAAAUUUUACCUCUUGUAGUUUUGUUAGUAAUGUAAUCUGCCUCAGUUUAAACUGAUUUAAAUAUAGCUGCCCUUUCUCUGACUCUCUGACACGUACCUUUACAUACACACACACACCCACACACAUACAUACAUACACACACGCAUACUUACACACAUACACACAUAUAUAUGUAUGCUAUGUACCCUAUACCUUACCUUCUGUCCAAAACCGAAUUAUAUUUGAACCAAUUUAUCUUUUAGAAAUACGAGUAUACUAGUUUUUAAUUUUAAUGUAAUGGCGUGAGCGUAUUAAUUAGUACAUAUUAAUAUUGUUGUUAUAGCGUCUACUCCUAGUGAAUAAUGUUCUUUACUCUAGUAAUUAAAGUUAUGUUAAACACACCAUAGUAUUACGAUCCUGUACAUCACAAUGGAGGAGCGGUGUCUCUUGACACAGGUAAUUUUAUACUUAAAAAGAGGCACCCACCUGAUCUUUGUAAAAUAACUUGUGCUACUGAAUAAAUCAUUUUUAUUUAUUUUAUUUAUUAUAAGUGGACGACCCCAAAAACCGCGAAAUGUGCUGUUGAGUGCGUCAGUAUGUGGCAUCAGAAGGUGUGUAAAGUGUGUGAAGCCCUUCAACUCCUACAAAUAAUAACGCUUAAGUAUAGGGCGCUAAUGGGGCUGCCACGGUAUUGCAGCGCAUCAGAGAUGUUUGCGCAUGUGGCGUGUUUUAUAGCUAAUAGCGCCUGCGAGCCGCGUCCCUGGUGCGACGCGUGCGCACCAGCUCCAACAGCCAACACCGUCCUGGCAGUGAUUGCGGACAAGUUUUGCACGUAUAUUACAUUUUCCUGCGGACUUCAUACUCGCACGCCCGGCAGCACUGUGAUUAACACAUUGAGAAAUAGAUGACGUUUGUCAAUGUGUUAACCACGGUUGCAUUAAUGUUUUAAAUUUUAAUGUUAUUUGUUUAAUGUUUGUGCGUGUUUAAUGUAAAUACUAAUUUAAUUAUGUAAUUAUGAGUCAUUAUGGUACUUGAAAUAAAUGCAUUUUAAUUUCA